AUGACCUCACUCUACCACCAGCUACCCCUACCCGUCUCACUCAUCCUCAUCAUCUCAUCAAUAUCCACGGCUGUCUACAUCAACCUCUUUCUAUCCAGAUUCAUCCUCCAGAGCUAUUCCGGCUUGCUCCGAAGACGAAAUCUGAAAAAUCGUGCACGAUUGCUCGCGCUGAUCGGAAUUAAGGAUGAUAAGAACUCAACUAAGAAACUAAUUGUCGGAUUCCUACAUCCCUAUUGUAAUGCUGGCGGUGGAGGCGAGAGGGUACUCUGGACAGCGGUCGCCCUCCAUCAACGAACUGAACCUGAUACGAUAUGUGCCAUCUACACUGGUGAUCUGGGCGUCUCCAAGCACGACAUAAUCGAAAAAGUCAAGAGUCGCUUUGGAAUCAUUCUUGAUCCCGCUGCGUUGCUAUUGGUCCCCUUGAAAACCCGCUAUCUCGUCGAAGCAUCUACAUGGCCUCGAUUCACCUUAUUAGGCCAGUCUCUCGGAAGUCUCGUCUUGGGUCAUGAAGCUCUUUCUGCUCUCACACCAGACAUUUACAUCGAUACGAUGGGCUAUGCGUUCACCUUUCCUGUCUUUCGGCUGCUCACCGACGUACCAAUAGGUGCCUACAUUCACUACCCCACGAUCAGUAAUGACAUGCUCAAACGAGUCUCGAGCAGGAAUUCGGCCCAUAACAACAGUUCCACCAUCAGUAAUAGCCUGGCCCUAAGCUAUGCCAAAUUAGUCUAUUAUAUUAUCUUCGCAGAGCUUUACUCACUUUGCCUCAGACAGGCUCAUCACCUCAUGGUCAACUCGAGUUGGACAAAAAAUCACAUCGACCGGCUACUCAAGCCAUGGAUAUAUCGACAUGAGGAAGACGCAGAGGAAACUGAAGAAACUGCCAAAGAUUGGACUAGAUCUUCGAAUCCACCUCAAUCCUGCGAGUCCCAGAAACUUGAUGGCCUUCGUUUACGGAUCCCUGCUUCCGAUCCUUCAGCUGAAAAUGGCCAGAAUAAAACGAUCAACAUUCCGACCAAAAAGAGGAAAUUCGACCAGGCGACUGUGGUUUAUCCUCCGUGUGAUGUUCAAAGCUUUGUUGAUUUCCCGAUCUCCCCACGCACGUCAACAAUCCUUUCAAUCUCCCAGUUCCGACCAGAGAAAGAUCAGGCAACACAGAUCGCAGCAUUUGCACGAUUUUUCUCGUCUUUGGAAGCCGAUGAUCCUCGACGAACAGAGAUCAAAUUGGUCCUGGCAGGCAGUUGCAGAGACGAUGCGGACCAAAAACGGGUCGAUCAGUUGAAACAGUUGGCCCAACAACUCGGCCUCGCUGGGGCUGUAGAAUUUAGAGUCAACAUCAGCUGGGAUCAGUUGAAGGAUCUCUUGAGGAACUCCUUGGUUGGUAUUAGUACCAUGGUCGACGAACAUUUUGGGAUCAGUAUCGUCGAAUUCAUGGCAUCUGGUAUGAUUCCAUUAGUCCAUCGCUCAGCCGGUCCAUUACUCGACAUUGUCGUUCCGCUGGCUCAAGACUCGAGCCAAGAGGGAGAAACAUGCACCGGAUUCCAUGCCGAUGGCGUCGCUGAAUACGCGAAACAGCUCAACCACAUCUUCCUAUCCCUCAACGCUGUCGAGCGCGCCAAGAUCCAAGCCGCCGCCCGCCAACUUGCACUCCGUAAGUUCGGCGUCGCUCAGUUCGAGCUCGCUUGGAUCACCUCGUUCCGCCAAAUUCGCCGAUAA